AUGGAGGCCAAGGACUUCAGGGAACGAGCCCUUCGGAGGGUGAAGGAAGGUUUGGGCAGGCUAUGCCGCCGCCGAUCUGUCACCAUCACGGAGUACGACCCCAGCUUCAAAGUGCUCUACCUAGGAAACGUACUCACCGCUUGGGCAAAAGGUGGGUAUAGGUGCAAUCAGAAGUUGCGAUGGAUAGCCUCCAGAAGUCGACGUCUAGCUGGAGGACGCUCUGGAAUGCACCUCGCAUACUUGAGGGCACAGCCGAUGGUAUAA